AUGACAGAUGCAAAUGAAGUGGAUGUUCUCAUAAUUGGCGCAGGUAUCUCGGGCGUUUUUGCAGCAAAGUGCUACCUGGAUUUGCACCCUGAGUCUCGGUUGGUUAUUCUUGACAGGGACAGCUGUGUUGGGGGUACUUGGAACUCACGAAGGGGUUACGAUUCUUUCUGGACGCAAUGGACUGUGGGAACAGCAGAGUUUUCGGAUCAGGCUAUGCCACGGCCGCCAGAUGAGGAUGUUUACCUCGAGUUCUUCAAGGCCAAGCAUACGACGAAGUAUAUCGAGAGCUAUGUGGAUACUCAUAGCUAUAAUGGCCGUACCCUACGUGACAGGAUCCAAUUCUCGAUUGAGGUUCAGUCCGUUCUUAAGAGCGGUCAUGAAUGGACGGUUUCUGCCAAAGAAAGAACCAGUGGGGUGCAACACACGUUCAAGACGCCCAAGCUGAUUGUUGCGAGCGGCUUGACUUCGAUCCCUAAUAUGCCUUCGCUGCCUGGGAGAGAUAAUUUCCAGGGUCAAGUGCUCCAUCAUAACGAUUUCGGGUCAUCCAAUGUUUUGAUCUCCCCGGAUAUCCAGACGAUCACCAUCCUAGGGGCCGGCAAAUCAUCAGCUGACAUGGCUUACGAAGCAGUCAAGGCCGGCAAGAAAGUAAACUGGAUUCUAAAAGCCACAGACACAACCGGGCCAGGAUUCUUCCUGUCGCCGAAAGGCGCGGGCCCGUAUAAGAAUGCGUUUGAGAUAGGAAUGACUCGGGUAGCUGCGACUUUUACACCUUCUUUCAUGAAUGGCAUCAACUGGUGGACCAAACUCCUUCAUUCGACGAGAUACGGCGUGAAGUUGAUGAGUUCUUUUUGGGGCACUGUCGACGCAGACGCUCGAAAGGACGCCAAUUUUGGAAGGGAAAACCAACACGGUUUUGAAAAGUUGUCCCCACACUCACCAAUAUUUUGGCAAAACUGCACGGGUGGACUUCUCAAUCACAAAGACUUCUUCGACACGAUUUCAGAAAAUGUUCAGAUCUACUCUGGAGAUGUCCAAGGUCUGGAAGACGGACUCCUGCGCCUGAAAUCCGGCGAGAAGAUACCCUCAGACGCCAUCUUAUGCGGUACAGGCUGGGUACCAUCGCUGCAGUUUUUUACUGAAGAGCAAUGCCGGGAAUUUGGACUGCCACAUCUUGUAGCUGAGGAACCAGAGAGUGAAAAAGCUCAUUGGGGGGAACGCGAGGCUGAGGCUGACCGCAAAACCCUCGCCACCUUUCCGCAACUCAAGAGUCCCCCUGAGCAUUACCACAAGACUCCUAUUCAUACCCCGUAUCGGCUGUAUCGACACAUAGCGCCUCUGUCCGAAUCAAGCGCCGCGGCGGAAGACCGCUCCAUCGUCUUCCUCGGCCAAGUGAGUGUGGGGAACUACUUUCCGACCGUAGAGUGCCAGUCGCUAUGGGCGAUGGCAUAUCUAGAUGGGAAACUAACUUUGCCGAGCAAGGAGGAGCAAGAGAAGGGCGUAGCGCUGUUUACAGCUUGGUGUCGACGCCGGUACCUGAGCAAUGGGGAGGAGGGCAAUAAUAUGACGUUUGAGCUUAUUGGCUACAUGGACAUGCUGUUGCAGGAUAUGGGCCUCAGCAGUCACCGUAAAGGCUGGUUCAAGGAUCUGUUUGCGCCGAUGUGGGCUAAGGAUCUUGGGGGUCUGAGAGGGGAGUUUGAAAAGAAGCUUGGGUAUGAGAAGGAUGGUAAAUAG